UCCGGUUUGCCUCGCGGCGGCAGGCUCAUGGCACUGGAGGCGCAGCCGCUUCUGUGGCUCGCGCUCUGGACGCUGGCGGUUCUCGCCCGGAGCUCUGGGGAGGACGCCGACGGAGGGUGGCGGCGGCCCGGGCUGGGGGCGCCGGCGGCCGUGACGGAGGAGGAGCACUGCACCGUGGAGCGCCGGGCUGACCUCAGCUACGCCGAGUUCGUGCAGCGCUACGCCUUUUCCAGACCUGUCAUUCUGCAGGGGCUCACAGACAACUCGAGGUUCCGGGACCUGUGCACCCGUCAGAGGCUGCUGGCCUCCUUUGGAGACAGCGUGGUCCGGUUGAGCACCGCCAACACCUACUCCUACCAGAAAGUGGACCUGCCCUUUGAGAAGUAUGUGGAGCAGAUGCUGCACCCCCAGGACCCCAUCUCCAUGGGCAAUGACACUCUGUACUUCUUUGGGGACAACAACUUCACCGAAUGGGCCUCCCUCUUUCGGCACUACUCUCCACCUCCGUUCAGCCUGCUGGGUACAACUCCUGCUUACAGCUUUGGAAUUGCAGGAGCUGGCUCUGGGGUGCCCUUCCACUGGCAUGGACCUGGGUUCUCGGAGGUGAUCUAUGGCCGCAAGCGCUGGUUCCUGUACCCUCCUGAGAAGACACCCGAAUUCCACCCCAACAAAACCACACUGGCCUGGCUCCAGGACACAUAUCCAGCCCUGACACCAUCUGCACGGCCCCUGGAAUGCACUAUCCAGGCUGGUGAGGUGCUGUAUUUCCCUGACCGAUGGUGGCAUGCCACACUCAACCUCGACACCAGCGUCUUCAUCUCUACCUUCCUCGGCUAGCCAAAGGGGGUGGCUGGCGAGCCCACCGCACACCAGCACACAUCCCUGCAGUACUCACAGGUUUUAUUACAGGGACAGAGGUGGUGGCAGCAGCCUCAGCCCAGCCCAGCCUCACCCCCCCUUUCCGGCCCAGAAGGAGGAUGAGAGGCGCGUUGCCCAGCAGAAGUGAUGGGGGUGGGGUUGGGGACACCAGGGUAGGGAUCCGGGGACACAAA